GCGAGGGAGCGCCGGUAACCGCGCGCAGCGGUUACCUGAGUGCACCCUGUGUGUGCAGGGCUGAGCAGGGCAGGGCAGGGCCCCGGGGCAGCUGUGUCACGGCAGGGUCUUUGGCACGGAUGGUCACGGCAUCUCCGUGCCGCAGCUCUUGUCGGUGUUUUGCCUGCCGUGGGCCCGAGCAGCGUAGGCGUAAUCCACGGGACACAGUGCUUGAGAUCAUUCGGAGGACAAGACAUUAGUCUAGAUGCAGUAAAUUGGAAGAAAUGGAAGAAAGGAAGAUCAAGAGGAGGAGCCCCAAAUCAUCUUCCAGCCACUCUGCUCAGGUUGCUAACUCCAAGAAAAGCUCAGUCCCAGUCAGUAAAAGUACAGCCUUUUCCAACCCUGCUCCACAGCCUGCUGUACAAAAACCAAAGUUAAAACGUGUAAUCAAAGAGAAAGCCAAACCUCCAGGAGGUGAAGCAAAAGGGGCACAGGCAGCACCCAUCCAGCAUUCUUUUCUCACAGAUGUAUCAGAUGUCCAGGAAAUGGAAAGGGGACUUUUGAGUCUCUUGAAUGACUUCCACUCUGGCAAACUUCAAGCAUUUGGAAAUGAAUGUUCCAUAGAGCAGAUGGAGCACGUGCGGAGUAUGCAGGAGAAACUUGCUCGCCUCAAUCUGGAGCUCUAUGGGGAAAUGGAAGAACUCCCUGAAGAUAAAAGAAAACUAGCCAGUGAUUCCAACCUGGAUAGACUGCUGUCAGAUCUAGAAGAACUAAAUUCAUCUAUCCAAAAACUACAUUUAGCAGAUGCUCAAGAUAUUCCAAAUGGCACUACAGGCUGAGAGAGAAUAUCUUUGUCAGUCUGGAUUCUCCCAGCUUUGCUUUUGUUUUUCUGGACACUGGAAUCGAGAAGAGUUGACUUUGCUUUGUUUGUCUUUUAAUUUGACAGAACAAAGAAUCAAAGUGCAAAUCCAGGUAUUUAUUUUGCACAUUCCUCUGAGCACGGCAUUAUGUCAGGGCUCAGUACCUAGAGUUGUAGUUAAUUGUGAUGGUGUGCUUUUUAUUACUGCCUUACUUAACAGAAAAAUUGGAGAAACUUGGAAAUAAAUUUCUUCUGCUUAGUGUUCAUAUGGCUGCAAAUGGUACAUGUAUAUAAGUUUAUUGGUGUUUCUCCAGUUUUUAUGAAGGUAGUGAUAAUGUUGCCUUUCUGAUCAUUACAUAGACAAUCUGCUCACUAUCUCUUUAGUGUUUUGUUGAUUGGUGAUGCCACAGGUUAAUUUAUUGUUAAUAAAGUGAAAAGUUUUAAAUAUAUGAUGUUUCAUUUGCAGAAGCUGCUCUUGGUUUGGCGGUGUUAGGAAGAUGAGUUUUAGCAUUUUCCAACUGUUUGCAGAGUUUAUGUUUUUACAUUACUAUGAAUAAUUUUAAAAUGUCACCAAAUUAAAACUAGCAUGCAUGCUAGCAGUCUACACAAUUUAAGUAUUGUGAAAUUCAAAAAUUGGGUAAAUAGUUACUGUUCAAUAAAUCCAGGAUAUUCAAUUUUGUAGUUACUCUUAUGUUGUAAAUGGGCUGUUAUUAAUUGGUAUCAUCUUCCUGUGCACAGCCAUAAGGGAAAAAUAAUCCAUAUUCGUGUAAAAUCAGGCUGGUUUUAGAUCCAAAUUUUCUAUCUUGGUCCAUCAAACCAUGCCUUUGGUUCUAGAUUUAUUUUAUAUUCAGUUUUUAGGUAAUACAUUGAGAUACCACACAGAUUUUACAUUUACUGAACAAGGAAUGAAAGCUUUAUACUUCUUGAAUGUAAAGCUUUUGUCAGCCCAGAGUGGGUGUGUGGCAGAGAAUAGAAGAUUCCUUUUGUUCGGCAUCUUUGGAGAAGAGGCUCCUUCAGCCACAAAAUACAGUUUUGGAUUGUGCAGCACCAAGCCUGCAGCAUGCUGGGGACAGAACAAUCAUUCAACUACCACUACAUGCUCUGGCUACAGAUCCAGCCUCAAAUUCCCUGCCUCACCUAUCAUGCAAAUCUUCACAAUUUACAAACCAGCAGGGAUCGCAGUGAUUGUCCCCUUACGGUGUUCUUGUGCUUUAUGCAAUGUAUCUCCUUCAAUGCCAAGAUUCUCUAGGAGUUUGCAUGAUUGUAAAUAUACCUAGGAGUCUCUGCCUGCAGCUGGGUAUGUACCUGUGAUGUUGUGAAAUCCAAAGUCAGCUUAAGAGAACUAGAAUAUGACAAGCUUCUCAGAAAGUGAAGCCAAGGUUGAUGUUUGUUUUCUGCGCACACACACACACACCUCUGACGAAUAAUUGUGCAAUUAUAAUUUCUGCACAGCUCCUUCUCACAUCAGCACUAUGCCCUUGUUUCUGGGCGGGCUUACGAACAACAAGCAAAAAAGUAGUAUCUCUUAGACUCGUGCCUCAUACCAAGUGUGGCAAAAGUCCCUAGUAGAGCUGCAGUUAUACAAAAUAAAUUGUAUUCUUGAAGCUCACCUGGAUGCAGAAGCAGAGUUCUGUGCUCACUAGCAGCUUAUUGCCAGCAAGCACAGUAUAUUGCAGCACUGUAAUGCACACGUGUCCCAAACCACACUUUUCAUCUCAAAAUUUAAAUAUUCUAUGUUAGAAGCAGCUCUUUUCAAGUUUUUGGGCUCUGACAUCAAACUGCUUAGGCUUACUAUUUCAAACACAUUUCAAAUCACUUACAAACAUGUUGGAUGUUUUGUUCUUUCUGUAGCAAUUUAUGCAAGGACUGAGCGUAUAAUCUGAGAUAGACAAAGAAAUACCUUUU